AUGGGUUUCGCCGUCGCCUCCAAGGGAGCCCCGCUGGCCGGCCUCCUAAAGAAGUUUCUCCUCGCCGCGCCCGCCGCCUCCGCGCUCGGCCCCAGAUCCGUCGCCGGCGCCUGCCGCCUCUUCAACACUGGGGCCCCUCCUCACCGCCGCGACGAGUCCAACGUCGAUGACUUCGUCGUCUCCGACAGUCGCCUCGCGCCCGGCUUCUCCUACCCCCCAGACGACGAUGCAAUGGAGCUGAAGGUGGCGAUGCUGGGGAUGGGGAAGGAGCAAGUGAAGCUUUCAGCGUACCAGGACGCUCUGCUGGUUAAGUGGGAGGGCGUCAAGGGAUCGGAUGGCGACGAGGACCCGGCGUGGUACAGCUGCCGCAUCAACCUCUCUGCCGACGCCUUCAAGCUGGACCAGACCAAGGCGGAGAUGAAGGAUGGGGUCCUCACGGUCACUGUGCCCAAGAUUAAGGGCGAGGUCGAUCUGAAGUGCACUGAUAUUAAGAUCGAGUAG